AUGCUCCUUCAACGCAGUUACUCAAAGCGCCGCUUCCGUUGCAGAGAAUGCAAGACGAGGAGCGUCACCAACUUGCAGAUCCUGGACAGCCUGCUGAAGCUCUACGACCGGCGAGCGACUCCCACCAACCACCUCAAUAACGCCACGACAGUCACCUGUGAACUCUACAUCAGAAGCUUCGGAUCUAUCGACCCAAACUCUAUGGACUACCAGGUGGACCUGUACCUGCGGCAGUCGUGGGUGGACGAGCGGCUCAACCACGACGACAUCAAGCAGCCGCUCGACCUCAACGACCCCAACCUCGUCAAGGCCAUCUGGAAGCCCGAGGUCUACUUCCCCAACGCCAAGCACGCCGAGUUCCAGUUCGUCACCGUGCCCAACGUCCUCGUCAGGAUCAACCCCAACGGAGAGAUCCUCUACAUGCUCAGGCUGAAGCUGGUGUUCGCCUGCAUGAUGGAGCUCUCCAAAUUUCCGCUCGAUUCGCAAGUCUGCACCAUGGAGAUCGCCAGCUUCUCGAAGACGAUGAAGGAGCUGAACCUGUCGUGGAAGAGCGACGCCCCCAUCAAGAUGUACAAGAACAUGCGGAUGCCGCAGUUCGAGAUGGAGGAGAUCGUCCCCACCACCUGCCAGGAGUCCUUCCAGAUCGGGAACUACAGCUGCCUGGUGGCGGAGUUCCACAUGCGGCGCGCCAUCGGCUUCCACUUCGUCCAGAGCUACCUGCCCACCACGCUGAUCGUGGUCAUCUCGUGGGUGUCCUUCUGGAUGGACGUGGACUCCGUGCCGGGGAGGACCACGCUCGGCGUCACCACGCUGCUCACCGUCUCCUCCAAGUCGUCGGGGACCGGUCUGCCACAGGUAUCCUAUGUGAAGGCAAUUGAUGUGUGGAUGGGCGCUUGUACAGCCUUCGUCUUCUGUGCGCUCCUGGAGUUCACCUUCGUCAACUACCUGUGGCGGCGGCGGCCCCACGCCGACAUCCGCGGCGGCCCCAACGGCAGGUGCCUGCCCGCCCAGUGCCCGCAGAUCACGGCCGUCGUCACCACGCCCGCGGAGCCCAAGUCGGUGAUCGCGAGUCUCACCGCGCCCGCCGACACGACGACUCCGUCCGCGCCGCCCUCUGACGCGCAACAGCAAUACAAUUACCCAAAUAUAUCAAGUGAAUACAUGCAAGGCAUUUUGACUCUUGAUAAUAAGAAAUAUGCUUUCAUCGCAACUCGCUGCUUGCGCGGUUUUGGCAGUAAUAUAUUUAUUAGUGGUAAUGAUAUUGAUAUUGACGAGGAAUUUAGCAAGAUCCAGUUCAUGAAGUUAUUUAUUGAUUAUUUCAGUAACAAUGGUUAUCGCGACAACUUAAACAACAAGCUCUGUCCACCAACGAAAAAGCAAACUGCUCCUAAAGAAACCAAGUACAUAAAGUUACCAUUCCUCGGACAUAAGGGCGCGAGCAGCCCCGGCCUCGAGGACCCGACGCAGUUCGCUCGCAUUUUCAAGCAGACCAACAAAGUAAGGGCGAGACAGAUCGACGAGUACUGUCGCGGCAUCUUCCCUCUGCUCUUCAGCUUCUUCAAUAUCUUCUACUGGUGCUACUACUUGCUCUAGAACUGCUGUCCCCUGCUGCAGCCUGUUGUCGCCUCUGCUGGUUGCCUACUCUUCGUCCCCGCAGUGCGCCAAGGACACAUGCACUCUGUAUCAAGGACACCAGUUAAUAGUAUAUUCGCGCUUCUCUUCCUCUUGCGCUGUAGCGCUGGGAGAUCUUGCUCUGUGGGUCCCUACGAAGGACCGGGACUUUCAUCCGACACACAGAAACUUCAUCCCAGUGAGCCACGCCCUUGAAAGUUCUUUUUUCCGUACAGGAUCGGUCGGCAGAACGGCCUGCCACGAAGUCCAAGACAACCCUAUGAUGAAAACCUUGGCAGGAGGAAAGGCUUGCCUAUAGUCCACAUCAGAUAUGAUAAUGCCGAUAUUUUGAAAACAAACGCAGAAAUAAAUAAUAUAUCUGAAUUUAAAGCUUUGCUGGAAUUACGAAUGCUCUGAAAAAGCAUGAUGAGAAGUCAAACAAAUGACAUUUUUCUACUUUAGUCUACAUGCACAUUGUACAGUAAUUGUUUUCUCUUUCUCACUAUGAAACACGUAAUGCUUUUCUGCCUUCCAUUCUUAAUUCUAUUUGUUCAAAAUGGUGCAUUGCGUUCCCUACCAUAUCUGUGUUAAACACACAUAAACGCGUCUAAAAAAAAUAUUUCAAAUCCAGUUUUGUUCACUCGUUAACGAAAAGUUUUCAGCUGACUGAACUGGCAAUAGACGUUGACCGAAUUAAGAAAUUAAAUAAAACUCAUUCACUGUAUGUUACUUACUGUUAAGGAUUUUUCAUGUGUCUUUUUGGUAUGCAUGUUCUGACACACGUACCAUGUUCGUUUGCCUGGGAGUUUCCAGUUUAAAACACGGGUUGCUUGCGAAAGAUCUUGUUUACUUUUUUGCUGUGUCAAUCUCUCUUUCUCUGCCGAUGCAGUUCUUUCCUGGAUCAAAUAUUCCACGCAAUAUUUUUACAUAAUGGUUACUGAUCUGCUGCGCCAGAGCUUUUCUUCGUACGGACAGCAGACGGCGGUGCGUUCCAGAAAGCGCCUUCGGUGUAUUGUUAACAACGGAUAAAGUCAUCCUUCCCUCGUUGCUUGUACUAACUGAUCUGUUUGCCCAAUCUUUCCAUAUUGUAAAAUCCUCUCUUUAUGUUCUGUUUAGAAGAUUUAGUGCGUAAAGUCUAAGUUAGUGAAGAUUAAUUAGGAACGAUAUAGUUUUAAAGAGAAGCAAAUGCAUAAUUCCAAAUAGGUAAAAUGUAGACACGCCUGUGAGAGAGGUAAAUAUUUGCAUUUUCUUUAACGCAUUUCAUCUAAACCAAUACAAUCAUUUUCUAAUUACACAUAAGACUGUACUGGAUAUCGGACACAAUAAGCCAAUGGGUCUGAAGGUAUGCACUGUUCAGGCGAGGUGUUUUAUCGGUAGGAAAUAAGCAGUUAGCGUGUCAUUAACGCCCGGUGUGCGGUAUCAUGUACAGUACAGGAUAGAAAAGUGAUCCUCGUAACAGGGAUAUGAAAAUAGAAAGAGCAUUAUUGAUGGCAAAUAGCAAAUGGUAAUCACAAGAAAAAAUCACAACGACGUUUUUCCAACACGUGAGAGCACAAAAAUUGUCUAAAGGAUAAUCCGUCUAAUUUCAGGAAAGAACAAAAUGGCAACUAAUCCGUACUCUGAGGAGCUCCGAUUCGGCAUCUUUUUUUAUCUGCAUUUCUCAGGUCAUACAUUCAUUUUUUUUUAAUCAACUAACCCUUGAAAUUUAUAUUUAAGGAUUUUUUGACA